GAAUCGGUUACAGCAUUUGCUUGGUGGGGACAUGCACAUCUGCUCGGCCGCGCUGUAUGGAAUGAACACUACCGCAGCUGUGAAAAGAUCGGCGAAUUAGGGCGGGAAAUGGCAUAUUGGUUUGAUAACCAAUACUAUGGAUUAUAUGAACCUACCGAAAUACGAAACGGAGAUGCUAUCCAGACCACGUGCGUCUUCAAUUCCGAAGAGCGCACAGAGAGCACUUGGGGUGGCAUUGCUACUAGAGAAGAAAUGUGCUACAAUAACAUCAUGUACUAUCCCAAAGACAAUAUAAAAUGCAGAACGAGAGAUUUCUACGAUGGAGAUCUACUACCAACUGACAGCACCUCACAGUUUGUGUUGUCUCAUCCGGGACCUGUAUCGGGCGGCAAGCCAGGAUGUGAGGAAAGUCUGAGUGAGAAGCCUCAGAUGAACUUUAUGCCCGUGAUAGUAUCCUUUAUCAAAGCGCAAUGUGCACAAGCCCUUGGAGAUGAGACUACCAAAAAAAUCACGGAUGUUUUCCUCAACGCAGGCGACGAAGAUAAGUUCAAUAUUGAAGGCCUGAUCCAAUCGGUGUUUAGUGCUACCUGUGAUACGCCACAAGUCGGUGGCGUUUGCCCUCAGGAUUGUCUGAGCUUGAUGGACGGUCUCGCGGAUUGCGUUGGGACAACCUAUGGCGCUUUUCUUACCGGUUCCUUCCCUACUUUAUGCUCGAAUUGGGUUCCGUUGGAGGCGGAAAGCGAGUAG